AUGUUGUUUUCGCUGGACGGGUUGCUGGUGAAGGGGAAAGAGGAACCGUUCUUAAGUGUGGCAGAGGGGCAGCAACUGGUCGCCCUAUACCGUCUGUUUCACCGCUUGCACCACUUGCAGGCUGUGCAGGGCGCCGGCGUGGGGCACACUACGGCGGUGCAGCGUGUGUCCUUCCCAGCAUUUCUUCGUCCCGUUAUCGCCCACCCAGCGGCGGUGACAACGACGGCGGGGACGGAGGAGGGUGGGGACAACGUGAAAGCCGGGGCCCUGGACGCCAUCAAGGGAGCAUGCGACUACGACCUGGAGGGGCUUGCCGGCGAUGGGGGCAAUCACGAGGCUAACAACAACAUGAAAUACGACGCCACUGAUUGCACCAACACGAAUAGAGCAGCAAACGGCAUGGAGGAGGUGCAUGUGCGGGCGUCACUGUCUUCUGGCGGUGGCGUAAACGCGUCAAGAGGGCAUGGUAGUGCUGCAGAGGCAGUCGCACUUCAAAUAUGCACCUCUCGGCGGAAGUUGUUUUGCGUUCAGCGGCGUGUGCCUGAAACGAAUGACGCGGUCUUUUUUUGCGGCGCAACGACGGUGUAG